UGAAGGGGGCAGAAGGAGGGGCACAACCCUCUCUUCUAUCAAGAUCGCACACAUGAGAGAAUAAGACAGGGUUCGUUUAGACGUCUGGCUGGAAUCAGACCGUCCGCUCAGGUUGAACCUGCCCCUCUCUCUCUCAUUCUCUUCUGUUUCUCGUUACCAUCAUUCGUGGAAUAGCAGACACAUCAUGCCAGAUUUCGCAGGAAUUUGGAAAAUGAAAAGCAGUGAGAAUUUUGAUGAACUUCUGAAAGCUCUCGGUAAGUCGGGCUAGUAAAUUUAGUUACCUAGAAUUGUGUCAAUUACAGCAGGCAGUGCAAUAUUAAAGUGUGGGCGUGUUAAUAUAAUUCUAUCUAUCUAUCUAUCAUUAUUAUUAGUAGUAUUUAUAUUGGGACAAUUUAUUAAUAAAAUGCUAUCUAUCUAUCUAUACAAUAUCUAUCUAUCUAUAUAUCUAUACAAUAUCUAUCUAUUUAGUAUUAUUAGUAGUAGUAUUUAUAUAGCGCCAAUUUAUUAAUAUAAUGCUAUCUAUCUAUCUUUUCAAUAUCUAUCUAUACAAUAUAUAUCUAUACAUCUAUCUAUCUAUACAAUAUCUAUUUAUCUAUACAAUAUCUAUCUAUCUGUACAUCUAUACAAUAUUUAUCUAUAUACAUCUAUCUAUCUAUACAAUAUCUAUCUAUCUAUCUAUCUAUACAAUAUCUAUCUAUCUAUACAUAUAUCUAUCUGUCUAUCUAUUUAUCUAUACAAUAUCUGUCUAUCUAUCUGUCUAUCUAUCUAUUUAUCUAUACAAUAUCUGUUUAUCUAUCUAUCUAUUUAUCUAUACAAUAUCUCUGUCUAUCCAUCUAUCUAUCUGUCUAUCUAUCUAUCUGUCUAUCUAUACAAUAUCUGUCUAUCUAGCUAGCUAUCUAUCUAUUUAUCUAUACAAUAUCUGUCUGUCUAUCUAUCUAUCUGUCUAUCUAUUUAUCUAUACAAUAUCUAUCUAUACAUCUAUACAAUAUCUAUUUAUCUAUACAAUAUCUAUCUAUACAUCUAUCUAUCUAUUUUAGUUAUUAGAUAGAUAGAUAGAUAGAGAGAUAUAGAGAUAGAUAGAUAGAGAUAUAUAGAGAUUGAUAGAUAGAGAGAUAUAGAGAUAUAUAGAUAGAUAGAUAGAUAGAGAUAUAUAGAGAUAGAUAGAGAGAGAGAGAGAUAGAGAGAGAGAGAUAUAUAGAGAUAGAUAGAUAGAUAGAUAGAGAGAGAGAGAGAUAGAUAGAUAGAUAGAUAGAGAUAUAUAGAGAUAGAUAGAUAGAGAGAGAGAUAGAGAUAUAGAGAGAGAGAUAGAGAUAGAUAGAUAGAUAGAUAGAUAGAUAGAUAGAUAGAUAGAUAGAUAGAUAGAUGAAGUGGGAUGGUCUAAGCUUCAACCAAUAUUUAAAUUCCUUGAAACCAAAUAUAGCUGGAGCUCUGUUUUAAUCCAAUUAGUUGUUACAUGGUAAUGAAAUGACUGAGCCCUACUCUAACCUGCAGCACUGAAUGAGCGUCAUUAAUCACAUUAAUAGAAUUGCUUGGAUAGACACAAGGAAUUCUUAGAAGAACACUGCAUAACUUGCGAAGUCUACGCUUUCCAUAAUAAGUAAGCGCAGCUAAUGGCAACGCCUAGUUUUUUCCAUUGAUGAUGACAAUGCCCAGUUUUGGUAGUGGGUAACUCGGUGAAUGAUUUUACUGAAUGAAUUUGCCACCUCUUGGCUAGUAUUUGACCUUAAUAUACAAAACCUGGCUUUGCUAAUAGGCAUAUUGCUUUUAAGGGAAAGGAGUAGUAAAAAAACUAUGCUCAGAUUGUUGAAGUAGUUCAUUUUCUCCGUAAGAUUAGCAAGGCUCUCUGCUAAACUGCCUAAAGUGCUCUCAGCCUGUCAAAGUUGAAUAAAAUUGGACACUUCCAUAGUAGCUCAGCUGCAUAAGUGAGGCUGGGCCAUAGGCACUGGAAGAGACACAUUUUUUAUCAAACGACUCAAAAUCAUUUGACGCAAAAAUGGGAGACAAUGCCCAUCGACUAUCUGUCCCAUAUCCACUACACUAGUGGCUAUGAUGCUUACUUAAACAAGAAUGCCCGUUUAAUAAAACUAUGGAUAAAUGGCAGUUUUGUAUGUGGGAGAUAUUAAUAUUUGGGACACAAAACAUACAAAAACUAAAUUUUCUUUGACAACAAUUUUACUGAUGUCAAGAUAAGAAGGACUUGCCCUGCUUGUUAUCAUAUUGAAGUACUUAUUAAGAAACUAAACCUUUAAAGUACUUAUAAUGAAAAUUCAUGCGGAAACACCACAAAGAUACUUUGUUUUUUAUAGGAUGAGGCAUUGGUAGUAUAUAAUUGUAAAUUGUGACACAUUUUAUCUAAACUAGAUCUUAAGCACUUGGCUAUCGUAUUCUGUAAAGUUAUAUAGGUCUCACCUACAGUAUAAUAAAUACACUGAAGAAAGUCAGAAAAUCUACAUACACUAAGAGAUACUAAAACCCCUAAAUUACUUAACAGAAACAUACAAAUUACUACACAGAUUUAUACAAGAAAUAUAAGACAGGGAAAUUAAGGGGUAAUGUCAAGAAUUUCAUUUGUACAAAAAAAAUGUGUUUUUGCACGAAAUUGCCUGGUGGGACAGUUGGCUGUUAUCUUUCUACAACGAAAAAUAAAAGUUCUGAAAACUGAAAAAUCUACAGGAAAAUUAAAGGCAUCAGAUGGGGCGUUUCAAUAGCUUGUAUGGUGAUUGCUCCAGAUUAUUAUUUUUUUCUUUUAAAAAUCACUUCAAGGAACCGUUUCUGAGUUUCCAUUUAUUGACUGAUGUCAAUAGUUUGCCAUGUAGUAUAGGAACUAUAAUGGGAGACCAGCUGGUAGACGCAGAAAUCAAAGAGAUGCUUUGGAAGAGCAAGAGAAGGAUGUAUCUGAGACAUGUGCAGGAUUAAUAGAAUGUAGAACCCUAUGCACCGUUAGCCACAGACACACGGUUUGGGAUAUUCACUGAAGUGAUAAUUGUUAACAAUGCAAAGUAAAUUCAAAGUACUUAACGUUAACGUUAAAGCCGAAUUGGAAGUGAAAGCCGUAAAGAAUUUUUCCAAUUCAACUAUUUUGGUCUUACAUAGUAAUCUAGGUUAAAAAAAAAGACUCAGGUCCAUCAAGUUCAACCUUCAAAAAAACCAUUUGUUUAUGCGGUUGAUCCAAAAGAAGGCAAAAAAAACAAACCAAUUGUAGUCUUACAUGUGAUAUUCACUUUAAAUAUCUGAUAAUUCACACUUUAGUAUAUGGCCCUGUCGAUGUUAGGGUAACAUCUGCCAAAUUGAUUACGGGUCCAUAAUGUACAUUGUUUGAUUACAUGUUAAUUGGAGAAAUUCUGAAACACGGCCAAGAUUAAAUAUCCCCCCAAGACUGGAUUUACCACCACUGGAGGAGAGAUCUGAACUGUUUCACUAUAUGGCAGCUUUGUGAUGGAAAUGUUCUAGAAAAAGGAGAAUGCAUGAAGGCGUCUUUACAUCACCCAAUGCAAACAUCCAGCGUUGUAGAAAAAUAAAAUAUUACAUUGUAAAGAAAUGUGUCUACAGAAAAUCUCAUUUCGAUUUUGGAAGUGUAUAAUCUUGUUGCAAUAUUCACCAAUAAUAAAAAUGUACAAUAACUUCCACUAAUCGUUUUCUUUGCUUAGUAUCUACAAACCCAUCUCCCUCACAAUAUCUGAUGUACUUAACACAUUUUUAUUGCCUUAUAUUCAACAUCCAGCAUAUAUUGGUAGUAUAAUAUGAUAGUGUUAUAUAAAAUACAAACAAUACAACAUUAUUAAAUCAAGUAAUAUGAUUAAUAAAUCUAAAAUAAUGUGUUACUUUAAUAACGAUAAGAAAUACAAUUUAUACAGUAUUCAUAAUAAUGAAUUGUAACGAUUUUUCAGGUUUUAUUAAUAAACAUUGUAAUAUUUGAUUGCGCUGGCAUGCCAAUGUAGCUGGCAUGAAUGGAGUUACGACCAAACCAUGAGACCCAAGAUGGGUUAAGGAUCUCUUUGUAAUUUGAAUUGUAAUUUAACCCAGCAGUUUAAAUGGAAUGGACAGAUUUGUCAAUGCAGAUCUAGAACGCUGGAUUCCAUAGCGUGAGCGAUGUCAUAUAGCCUAACUUUCCUGGUACUCAAAUUUUACAAUUAUUGUUAAUAAGCAUAUUUCAAGUUAACCUUUCGGUUACAAAAGUAACUCUGGGACUUUAUUAACAUGUUCUUAUCUUCUUAGGGGUUAAUGCAAUGCUCAGGAAAGUGGCUGUAGCUGCUGCAUCUAAGCCUCAUGUUGAAAUCCGUCAGAAUGGAGACCAAUUCUACAUUAAGACGUCUACCACGGUCAGGACUACGGAAAUAAAUUUCACAGUGGGGGAGGAAUUUGAUGAAGAAACUGUGGACGGCAGGAAAUGCAGGGUAAACUUCAUUAUAACUGACCCAAACACCAUUAGACAUCACUUCUAUAUAUCUGGAGCAUACCAGUCAAUUUUACCUAUCCAUGGCCAUAAAAAAUAGACGACAGGGUAGAGUUAAGAACUUAUAUAUUAUGGAUUUAAUCACUAAAAAAGACCAAUCUAGAAAAAAUAAUUUAGGAACAAUCACCUGCAUAAUUGCAAAGCUGAUGGUGGAUAGAAUUUUGCUACAUUUAUAAGUCUGAACCUUAGAGCUGUCAAUCAGGCAGCCUGGAAAAAGACUUUAGGAUUUCCUGUGUUCAUUUUGUCCAAGUUUUGUCCAAGUGCUGCAUACACAUCUUCCCCUGGGUUUUCUUUCCUUUGUGAAAUAAUCACCAGAUAGCUGUUAUCAAGUUACAGCAGACUCACUAAUUAUCUUCUUUUGCCCUUUUUAAAAUAUAUUAUUUUUAUAAUGCAUUAAAAAAAUAAGGAGAAAUAUUUACACCACAGUGCCCCUGUGUAACUAUGAGUGUCCCUGAUUAACUAAGAGUGUCCCUUUAAGUAGGAGAACUGGGAAAAUAGUUCAGUUUGAGGAUAAUUUUCUUCCACUCCUGAUUUACAGAAUAAACUACCACAAUUUACCAAUCAGAUGCUUUAUGUUUUGUGCAACUGAUCACAUGGCUAAAUUAUUUUCAUAAAAAUUUUAGGGUGUUAAGUAAUAAAGUCACAAAAAAAAUAAAAAAAAAGGAAGCACUUAAAAGGUAACACACUUUGCAUGUUUUUUUAUUAUUAUAUUUACUUAUCAUAGAUAGUGAAUAGCAAACAUAAAUGGAGACAUCCACACAUUUGAGUGCCUCCAUCUUGGCUCCCCAUCAAUCAUCAUGAUAAAUCGUGCCUUUUGUAUCAUUGAGUAUAGUUAGUGAAAGAGGAGAUAUCGAUAUCUUCUGUUCUUAUCAUCAUUUGCAUUCUGUGCCUUGGCUGUGCCUUGACUGACCUGGAUUUGCAAAUGUCACUUGCUAAGUUUUUAAUAUACAUUUAAAAAAGAAGCAUAAUCUGAAUAAAAUUUUAACACAAGUUAUUAAUGAUUGGUGUCAUAUUCAGAUAAGUGACAGGCCUACUUUAACAUAUAUUAUAUAACAUAAAUAUGCAUUAAUAGCUUAUUCCUGGAAUUACCAAAACCUCUUUAUGGGAUAAGAACAAUUACUGUAAAUAAGAUGCAGAUCUAUCCAAGUGGAAUAAAGUGAAAAACUGUGAUUUAGUCAUAUUUAAUCUUAUUUGAUGCCCAUAAGAUAUUCGGCUUGCAGCUCGAUCUUCUUAGUUUGACAGGCCUUUAACUAUUUUCCAAGGAGAUUACUCUACACUAAAAGAGAUUUUCCUGAAAUUCUCUUAUUUUUAUUUAAUUAUUUUAUUGUCUAUUAAAUGUCUAGGAAUUUUUAUAGUCAUUUAGUUUUAGCAUUCACCUAUUUUUAUGGGUGGGAAGUAGUCAAGGGCUUUGGGGACAACUCGUCACAUAGUAAGUAUGAUUUUUUUUUUAAUUGCAGUUUAUUUAUUAAUUAAGUUUAUAAUACAUAAAUAUGGGAAAGGUAUUUAGGACUUAAACUUUUUGCUUUUCAAUGUGGCAGGAAAGGGUGCUUAGCAAGGGAGUGGGGAAUACAACUUCCUAUGUAUUAUUGUGGUGAGUUGACAACAAAGCACCAAGAUUUGGGCUAGAUUAGGAAAUCUUGAAAUACAUUUCAGUAAAUGAGCAAUGUAGGGGGUAAAAAAUGGGUCGCAAGAGUAUUCUGAGGACGGACAGCAGCUAAAAUAGCCUGCCCUUUGGUGGGUCCCCGCUCAGAACUCGAGCUGGUUUUAGCUCAACUCGUGCCAUUACAGAGAGAACAUAUCUGAAGCAUAUCAGACUGGUCCCACCCAUACGGGCAGUCCAGAUCUGAAAUGCCAGCAAGUUCUCUCUGCACGAGAGAUUCAGCAACCCCAGAUGAUCGUUUCAGCCUUGUUAGGCAUCGUCAGUGAGGCAUAGCUGAUUUCUCUCUAGGCACCAUGAGCAAAGGGUCCACGUCUGGAUUACCCUUUAAACUAAUGGAGAGCAAAAAAUGGGUCGCAAGAGUAUUCUGAGGACGGACAGCAGCUAAAAUAGCCUGCCCUUCGGUGGGUCCCCGCUCAGAACUCGAGCUGGUUUUAGCUCAACUCGUGCCAUUACAGAGAGAACAUAUCUGAAGCAUAUCAGACUGGUCCCACCCAUACAGGCAGUCCAGAUCCAAAAUGCCAGCAAGUUCUCUCUGCACGAGAGAUUCAGCAACCCCAGAUGAUCGUUUCAGCCUUGUUAGGCAUCGUCAGUGAGGCAUAGCUGAUUUCUCUCUAGGCACCAUGAGCAAAGGGUCCACGUCUGGAUUACCCUUUAAACUAAUGGAGAGCAAAAAAUGGGUCGCAAGAGUAUUCUGAGGACGGACAGCAGCUAAAAUAGCCUGCCCUUCGGUGGGUCCCCGCUCAGAACUCGAGCUGGUUUUAGCUCAACUCGUGCCAUUACAGAGAGAACAUAUCUGAAGCAUAUCAGACUGGUGCCACCCAUACGGGCAGUCCAGAUCCGAAAUGCCAGCAAGUUCUCUCUGCACGAGAGAUUCAGCAACCCCAGACGAUCGUUUCAGCCUUGUUAGGCAUCGUCAGUGAGGCAUAGCUGAUUUCUCUCUAGGCACCAUGAGCAAGGGGUCCACGUCUGGAUUACCCUUUAAACUAAUGGAGAGCAAAAAAUGGGUCGCAAGAGUAUUCUGAGGACGGACAGCAGCUAAAAUAGCCUGCCCUUCGGUGGGUCCCCGCUCAGAACUCGAGCUGGUUUUAGCUCAACUCGUGCCAUUACAGAGAGAACAUAUCUGAAGCAAAUCAGACUGGUCCCACCCAUACGGGCAGUCCAGUAUCUCUCGUGCAGAGAGAACUUGCUGGCAUUUCGGAUCUGGACUGCCCGUAUGGGUGGGUCCAGUCUGAUAUGCUUCAGAUAUGUUCUCUCUGUAAUGGCACAAGAUGAGCAAAAAUCAGCUUGAGAACUGAGCGGGGACCGACCGAAGGGCAGGCUAUUUCAGCUGUUGCCCGUUCUCAGUAUUCUCUAGCGACCCAUUUUUGACUCUCCACAAGUUUAAAGGGAUAAUCCAGACGUGGACCCCUUGCUCACGGUGCCUAUGGAGAUAUCAGCUAUGCCUCACUGAUGAUGCCUAACAAGGCUGAAACGAUCGUCUGGGGUUGCUGUAUCUCUCGUGCAGAGAGAACUUGCUGGCAUUUCGGAUCUGAACUGCCCGUAUGGGUGGGACCAGUCUGAUAUGCUUCAGAUAUGUUCUCUCUGUAAUGGCACAAGAUGAGCAAAAAUCAGCUUGAGAACUGAGCGGGGACCGACCGAAGGGCAGGCUAUUUCAGCUGCUGCCCGUUCUCAGUAUUCUCUAGCGACCCAUUUUUGACUCUCCAAAUGUAGGGGGUAAGUUAAGAGAUGGCUGACCACCUUAGAGCCCCCAAGAGGCGGCCUACUAUAUGCCGAGGCAGACUAGGCACCUGCUUACCUGGAUGGCAUGUGCCUACUGUGCCCAAAUACAGUGUUUUGGGAGAGGUGGCUGGUUGGCGAAGGAGCUGUAAUCGCUGUGCUUGUUCAGCACUGCUCCCUCACGCUCCCUGCGGUUAUGCCGCGAGCUAUGUUGUGACAUCACUCUGACCCUCUCAUCACUAAACAGCCUGCAAGGGACCUGAAGAAGACCAUGACGAUGACAGCAGUCACACUAGACCCCAGGUGAAAUAUCUCCACUGGAUUCGAGAAAAAGGAUCCAAUCCAGCUCUCCUUAAAUGAUAAUAAAUAAAAAAAGCUGUGUAUGUGUCUAUCAGUGAGUGUGUGUGUCUGUGUGUGUCUGUCAGUGAAUGUGUUUGUGUGUGAGUGUACAUCAAAUCAAUGAGAGUGUGUCUGUCAGUGAGUGUUUAUAUUCUCUGUGUGCAAGUGUGUGCUAGUUUCCUAUAUGUGAAAAUGUCUUUGUGUUACUGUCCUAUCGGUGUGUGUGUGGCCUCUGAAUGUAAGUGUGUGAGUGCCCUCAGUGUGUAAAAGUGUGUGUGUCAGUGUCCUCUGUGUGUAACUGUGUGUGUGCCAGUGUCCUCUGUGUGUAAAUGUGUGUCAGUGCACCUGUGUGUAAGUGUCCUCUAUGUGUUACUGUGUGUGUGUCAGUGUCCUAUGUGUGUAGCUGUGUGUGUGUCUCAGCGUCCUCCAAUUGCAACUAUCAUGUCUGUAUUAUAUUUUCAAUGUGUGACAUUUAUACUUCCGAUUAAUAAUUCAUACACUCCUACAUAUCAGUGUCUAAAAAUUUCAUUUGGAAACGACUUUCUCGAGGUAGUUAAAUUAUUUUUUAGGUCUGUAGGGGUUCUUCUCUGUAGAAGAUUGAGAAUCGCUGCUGUAGGCCAUAGGCCAUAGUGACAUGUAACUCACUGUUUACUGUCAAUAAAGGUCAAAACACACAGGGAAAUCUAAGCAGCUCGCGCAAAAAUGUUAAAAUACACAGGGAGAACAUUCAGGUUUAGCUUGACUUUCUAGCAUUUUCAGUAUCUUAUUUGCAGUUUCUACAGAGGGUCUAACCCCACUCAUUUUAAUAUAUUUAAACAAGAUUAUUCACUAAACCCUGAAAUGAAGUUGACUAAAAUCUGAAUGGCAAAAUUUAGGCAACAAACGUUAAUUUGGGAAAGUUCUCCAACUAUAGUCACAAUUUGGCAACUUUGGCCUCAGUUUUGAUAUUUGGAUAUUACCUUGCUGAAGUUUGUAAUUUGGUGUAUAACCCUUAGAAAUGAGUCACCUUUGUUGUAGAAGGGGCUGAAAUACCUUUAAAAGGCUGAUACCGACAACUCCAAUCUUGGUAUCAUGGCAUACAUGUUUAAAUGCCAUGAUUCUAAAUUCAUAGAAUGCAAGGAAGGUCAGUUCUCAUCAGGGGAUAGUUUGUUGUCACUGUGCCAGCACUUAAAGGAACACGGUAACGUUAAGCAUUCAAAUAUGUAUUUAACACCUUAAGGACUGAGCCAAUUGUACAAGUUGUGAUCAAAACAAAACGUAAACAAAACCUUGAAGUUGCACUAUAUGUCUGUUCAAGCGUAAUUCACCUCUUUUAUAUUAUGUGCACCCACACUUAUCAUAUAUCAUUUUGUUCACGAGAACAGGGGUUUUAUGUCACAUCAAAUAUUUGUAUAUUAAACAUAACUUAAUAUGAAUAAAAUAUUUUUGAAAAAAUUAGAAAUUAAGAAAUUUUGUUAUUUUUUUUUUUAGUUCUGUAAGGCAUUAUAACUGUGAAUGCCAUAAUACUUUUUGCUUUUACUGCAAUAAAGUACACAUAUUUGUAUUCAGCGACGUCUCACGUGUAAAACAGUACUCCCAAAUGUGCAGGUUUUAUGGUGUUUUGGAAAGUUACAGGGUCAAAUAUAGCACAUUACAUUUUUCAGUUUAUACACAUUGAAAUUUGGUUAUGUUGCCUUUGAGACCAAAUGGUAGCCUAGGAAUGAAAAUUACCCCCAUGAUGGCAUAGUAUUUGCAAAAGUAGACAACCCAAGGUAUUACAAAUGGGGUAUGUCCAGUCUUUUCUAGUAGCCACUUAGUCACAAACACUGGCCUAAGUUAGCGUUCAUAUUUGUUUGUGCGUGACAAAUGCAAAAAAAUUAAUUGAACGAUAAUUUUGGCCAGUGUUUGUGACUAAGUGGCUUGUAGAAAAGAGUAGACAUACCCCAUUUGCAAUACCUUGGGUUGUCUACUUUUGCAAAUGGUAUGCCAUCAUGGAGGUAAUUCUCAUUCGUGGGCUACCAUACGCUCUCAAAGACAAUAUAACCAGUCUGUCAAAUUUCAAUGUGAAAAAAGGAAAUCCAAGCCUUAUAUUUGACUCAGUAACUUUUGAAAACAACAUAAAACCUGUACAUGGAGGGUACUAAUAUACUUGGGACACUUCUCCAAACACAAAUAUUAGUGUUUCAAAAUAGUAAAACGUAUUACAACAAAUAUACCGUCAGUGAAAGUACCGUUUGUUUGUGAAAAAUGCAAAAAAAAUUAUUUUUACUGACGACAACACUGUGUGAUAUGUUUUACUGUUUUGAAACACUAAUAUUUGUGUUCAGCGAAGUCUCCUGAGUAAAAGAGUACCCCCCAUGUACAGGUUUUAUGGCGUCCUGGAAAGUUACAGGGUUAAAUAUAGAGCAUGCAAGCCAAAUUCUCUGGACUUUCUGUCUGGGUUGUCGGGCAGGUCCCUUAGAUUGUAAUGAAUAAAAUGACUUGAUUAUGUAAAAAUAUUAUAUAAAUAUAUGUGUAGAAUUUAAAUAUAUAUAUGUAUAUAUGUACAUGUCCAUUUUUUAUGUAUAUGUAUAUCUAUAUAAUUGUUUUAUUAUAUAUAGCUAUAUAUAUGUAUUUAUAACAUCAUUCUAAAUUAAUUUUGAAUUUAAUAUAUAUGUAUAUUAAGAUCAAAAUACAGUUAGAACAAAUUUAAACUGGUAUAUAAUUUUUUUUACAUUUAUUUUAUUUUUUUCAAUUUAUUUAUUGAUUAUUUUUAUUUUGUAUAUAUAUAUAUAUAUAAAAAUUAUAAUUAUAUAUAUAUAUAUAAUUAACGUCAUUCUAAGUGUAUUCUAAUAAUAUAUAUAUAAUUAUGAAAAUAUUAAAAUACACUUUUAUUAAUGAUGUAUGCAUGUGUAUAUAAUCGUACUUAGAUUAUACAUAUAUAUAUAUAUAUAUAUAUAUAUAUAUAUAUAUAUAUAUAUAUAUAGCAAAAUCCAAAUAGGUUAUGGUGGGGAAAAAUUGUGAUUGAAAACCCCUUCCACCUGAAGUAUGUGGAUAGUUAAUACAAUGCUAAACAAAAAUCUGCACACCAGUCAAGCCAUAAGACUUGCUUUUCCCACAGAAAUCCCAAAUCAGCAGUGAUGUUACAACCGCAAAGGAUUCUGGGUGGGCAUAUGCAAAUUAGUUUAACAAAGAAUCACAUUUUUGCCUCAUUCCAUUUUAAACAUGGAUUCCUUUUAAUUUGUGUUUGCAGUAUACAACUGCUUGGAACACAAUUUAGGAUAAGAUGCAAAACCAGUGAACCACUCAUGGACAGCUGUUUCGUUGUUAAUGCAACUCUUCAGCAUGAGGUUGGUUACUGGUUUGCUUAUGGAGGCUUGGUAGUGCUUGGAUCUAAGUACUUUUUAUUUAAUUUAAAACACUGUUUUACAACUUUUAUUAACUUUAACAAACUUUUUUACAGGCAUGAGGGGGAGAGCCUGAGAGCUCAGGCAGUCCCUAUGCAGGCACUGCAUAAGCUGGCUAUUCCGGCUAUGUGAUUGCAAGGACCCCGCGAACACAUGGCCGAGGGGGCUGAAUCAGGCAGAGGGGGUCUGCCUGAGCUCCCAUGCAUACUCCAGGAUGCGACCACCAUCGGGGGAAUGGCGGGUAAACGGUAAGUACAAAGGACGGCAGGGACGUUCUAUGCAGCCCACUGGCGUGUAAGACGGACUAAAAAAGGAUGGCAUAAAACGCCCGCCGUCCUUAAGGGGUUAAACUCCAUAGAGCCAUAGUUACCGUUUAGGUUACAGUGCCCCUUCUGGUAAUGUUAAAAAGGUGAGUUGUCUCCCUGUCAUGCUCUUGUGCCGGUCAGGUAGGAGAUGAUUGCCAGGGUUAACAUCAAGAUCUUUAUUGCUGGAUUCGGACAUUAUAAAAUAAUCAGUAUGUCCAAUAAUUGAAAUAAUAUGAAAGAGACAGCAAACAGAUCUGAGUAACUGAAUUUCUAGGUAAGGAUAACUAGGUUAUGAAAAUAAAGGGUUUAGACAAAAAGGUCUAAGUGGAAAUAGGAUAACAGGUAAACCUAUAAAUGAAGUUAUAGGUUGGAGAAUUAAGAAUAACCUACAAGAGAAAUUAUAGGCAAGUAAAUUGAAGGUAAACCGAAAACGGGAGUUAGGCAAUAUGCCCAAAAUAGAAUACAAUCAGGAAUGGAAGUAAAUAAUAAGAAAACCUAUAGAGAUAAAAGUAUAGGUUACAUAGAAGGACAAAUUAGACAGAAUAAUAAGGUUGAGGGAAAAGGAGAACUUAAGUUAAUAAGCCCCCUUUAUGAAUAAGAUUUGCUUAAAACAGGAAAAUAACUCCAUGUAGUCAUUUUGAGGCAGAGUUCAGAGUGGUGAUAUGAGGCAGGUAUAGAGCAGGGAGGUUGUUGGAUCUGAGUAGGUAAAAAUCAGGAUGGUUGGCUAAAGCUGGAUAGUUGUUAAGUUCAGGUUGGUAUUUUGCAGGUUAGAAGUCAAACAGGAAUGCAGAGUAGUUCAGGCUGGUAUUGAGCAGGUUUGGAAGCAAGUAGUUCAGCUGGUAUUAAGCAGGGUUGGAAGUAAAUAGUUCUGAAGCAGAUAAGAUAAGUUCUGAAGCGUUUCAGGUAGAUCAACAACUUCAAUGCAAAGGCAAUGAGGUGAGUUGGACGUUACCUUUUGUAGGAACCCAAUUAGUCCAGGCAGGUGAGGGUGAUAAUGUGAGUUUCCAGAACUAGAGGCAAGGGAGGCCACUAGUGGUAAAACAUAAUGCGUGCAGGAACUUGUUUUUUUAAAGAAAAAAUAUAUCAACGGAAAAAAAAGUCUUGCUUGUCAGGAUAGGAUCCUGACACUACCUCUUAGCGAUGGCUCCAGAUUGCAACUCCGCCUCUUUGGCUGAGAUUAUUGAUUGAUGAUCUCAGCCAAUCCAGUGCGUUCCCUUACGAAGGCUGGUGUGUACUUGUGGCAAAAAGAUGCACUGCACCAAUCAGAUGGUCUCUAUGAGAUCACCUGAUUGAAAUAGUGGAGUUUUACUCAACUAUUUUGGCGGAACUGCCUCUAGUGGCUGUCAGUAUGACUGCAACAAGAGACAGGUUAACCCUGCAAAGAAAGCAUUGCAGUUCCUGCAGAACGGCAAUGUUUUACAGUUGCAAGGUUUAAACAGAGGAGAUAUGGCAACAAGAUCACUUCAUUGAGAUGAAGGGGUCUGUAUGCUUAUAGUAUUUCUUUAACCCCUUAAGGACACAUGACAUGUGUGACAUGUCAUGAUUCCCUUUUAUUCUAGAAGUCUGGUCCUUAAGGGGUUAAUAGGCAUGAUGAGCUUAAAAGGGCUCAGUUCCGGGAGAACCAACUUUUUAGAAAUUCUACCAUUGUAUAAAACAUUUCCAAAUUAAUAUUUUAUUGUGUUAUAACUUGUGUAACCCUUGUUCGUGAAAUACUUUGUUUUCCUCUAAAUAUAUAUUAUAAAUAGUUAGCAACAUACAUCGCAAUACGUUCUGUCCUGGGACAACUAGUAAACACAUUUAAAGCUCAAGUAGUGAAGCAAUAAAUGUAACAUUUGGGUGAGAUCUAUCAAAGUGAUCUGAAAAGUGUAUUUGAGAGGGGAGGAGUUCACAAUCAGUUUCAAUUUAUUAGUGUUCUAAAAGUAGUUCAACAAGCGUUGUCUUUUUUCUUUGUAUAUUAUUUUAUAUCCUGACAGUUUUUUUUAUCCCCUCUAUCAAUAUGCAUGAUUAACUAAGAAUUCCGAGCAAAUAUUCAGUCUUCCUUUCUAUGUCAUGAUUAAAGCCGUGUAAUAAAAUGGCACAAAAUACCUCCUUACCUUCUUACUAGCUGACAGAAGCUCCUGGUAUAUAGUCUGGGACAGAGAAAAGGUGAAUGUAGUGAGUGUAGAAGAAAGGGGACAUGCCACAGUGUUAGAGAGACCAAAGUCAGCAUUAUCAUAACUAAUUUCAUUGUCAGCCAGUCCACACAGGUUUUGUUCCCAUACAUCCCUCUUAGGUUUCCAUACUUAAGCAAGAGCAUGUGAAGAGUAGUGUGUAAAAAAACAAAACACCAACUUUAAAAAAUAAUUAAAAAAGUGGGCCUUCUCCAUGGGCAUGGGCCUGGAGCUACAGCUCCAUCAAACCCUAUGUUAAUCCAUCCCUGGUCAUGAUUGAGUCAGGAUAGAGGUAAAUACUGCAGUGUGUAUUUCUAUCUUUACUUUUGUUUUACAGACACUAUUUUACAGACAUGCAAAUCAUUUAUUAAAUAUAGGCGAUAAGUAAACAUAAUAUAAAAUAUCUGGGGAAGUGAUAGCUCCCCUUUGAAUGUAAAACUACAUAUAUCCAGAACUACUAUUGAAUGUAUAUUUAUUUAAUUCCAUACCAUCAACAGUUUUCUCAUCCUUAUUGCAUCUGUAGCAGUGGUGUACUAAGGGGAGGGGGUGGCGGGGGGGCGGUCUGCCCCGGGUGCCACUCACUAGGGGGUUGCCAUGACCAGGAUGGCCUUAGGAUGUGUGAACGCAGGGGCAGGCCGCCUUCAUUGUGUGUGACUGUGUGUGUGUGAGACUGCCUGCCUAUAACUGUGUCUGUGUGACUGCCUGUGAAUCUGUAUGUGUGUGUGUUGGUGUGACUGUCUGCCUGUAACUGUGUGUGUGACUGUCUGCCUGUGACUGUGUGUGUGUGUGAAUGCCUUCCUGUAAAUGUGUGUGUGUGUGUGACGGUCCACCUGUGACUGUGUGUGUGACUGUCUGCCUGUGACUGUGUGUGUGUGUAAAUGUGUGUGUGUGACUGUCUGCCUGUGACUGUGUGUGUGUAAAUGUGUGUGUGUGUGUGACUGUCUGCCUGUGACAGUGUGUGUGUGUGUGACUGUCUGCCUGUGACUGUGUGUGUGCGUGACUGUGUGUCUGUGUGACUGUCUGCCUGUAACUGUGUGUGUGUGUGAGACUGCCUGUGACUGUGUGUGUGUGUAUGUGACUGUGUGCAUGUGACUGUCUGCCUGUAAUUGUAUGUGUGACUGUCUGUAACUGUUUGUGUGACUGUCUGCCUGUAAUGGCGUGUGACUGUCUGCCUGUUACUGUGUGUGACCGUCUGCCUGUAACUGUGUGUGACUGUGUGCGAGUGACUCUGCAGACUGUUGCUAAUAUUGUUGUGUAAAAAAAAAAAGAAUUCUAUGGUAAGGGGCUGAGCAGGGACUUUAGAGGGAGAGGCAGUUUUUUGGGGGGAAAGGAGCGCAGGAGAUUUAUGGAAGGGGGUGCAGGGGUUUGUAGAUGGGGGACAGGGAUAUUGUAUAACAGGGGCUGAGCAGGGGAUUUGUGGAAGGGGGUGCAGGGGUUUUGUAGAAUUGGGGCAGGACGUGCGUUUUAUUGAACGGCCGCGGGCAGUAGAGGGGUUUUGUGAAAGGAGGCAGGACAGGUUGUUGUUUUUUUUAAAUGUACACAAAAAUGAAAACAUGAAAUAUGAAAAUAUUGUGGGUGUUUAUUAAAUUUUAAAGUGCAGGGGUAGGGGUUGCAGGGGGUGCCAAACACAGGAUCUGCCCCGGGUGCCAAAAGCUCUAGAUACGCCCUUGAUCUGUAGUCUAUUUUUAUAGUUCUAAAACAGGAAACUGGAGUCUAGGGCAAAUUUAGGGUACACAACAUUCUCAGUGUUACCUUUUCUGUGCUUUUGUGUGCAGUCUGUGUGCAGGAUUAAACUUGACUUAUACCUUUUUACCCAUUAUAUACACUUUAUACAGAAAACCAUACCUACAUAAAAAACAAACAACUUGUCAUGUAAAAGUACCUGUAGAAGAAUGUAACAAAGCUGUAGAACAAGUUGGGUAAGGGAUACCAGAGAUCAGAGCAACAAGAAAUCCGGGCAGUUCAAAACCAAACACCAGGAAGGCUAACAGAGUAAUUCCAAGGACACACGCUACACUAAACCAGUCAGAAAUACAUAAUAUUGUCAAGGUCCGACCUGCUGCAUCAUUCUUACUAAUCUAAAAUGUUGCCAGUGAUAAUCAGAUUAAACAGUAAUCCGAAUCAGAUUGACACAUUCUUGAAUACGUAAAUGGGUAAUAGGAGUUUCAUGAGCUACCAGAGGCAACAUAUGGUGAUUUGCAGUCAGCUGGCCCAUAUGGCAUAGAGACUGCAGAAAUAGUAGUUCCUGAGUGUAAAGUCUUGAUUAGCCACCUUGGUGACAGACUGCUUUAGAUACUUUGAGUGUGGACAAGAUUCAAGGUAAAUGCCAUGGAUUGCUCCACAUGCUGGCUAGGACAGUGCCACUGAAGUUGGCAAAAAUGGUAUCACAUAUGGAGGUAGGCUAUCAGAUGGCAUACAGGAUGUUUAGGAGGGUGAUGAUCUAAGUAUUGAGAGGCAGCGAGGUAGCAAGUAGUUAGGGUUUUAAGUGGGUUUUAAGUGUUGACAGAUAGACUUGUAUGUGGUGCAAAUUUAUUUUAUUUUUUAAAUAUUUUUUCUUUAAUGCAGUGCAUGCAAAAAUGGAAAAUGAUUCCAAUAAAUGAAAAACAUGUGAAAAUGUUCACACUAUUUGUUUCACAGAUCAAGAGAGAAAAAGUAACUAAUAGAGGAAUAAAAAAAGGAGACUCGGUAAAAAUGUUAUUAAAUAUAUAAACAUAUAAAUAUAUAUUUUUUUAACCAUCAAUCAAUUCUUUUUUUUUGGCCCCCACGGACGGAAUUCCAAAUCACAAAUUAAACGAACAUGCUCGUCCAUUGCGUGAGUCGUUUUGCUCUGUUAUACAUCCAUACAGGGCUUUGGGUUUACAGUAUUUUAGAGAACCUACUCAAUGGAUUAAAUUUGGACUAACUGCAGAUCAGCCAAAAACAAAUGUGCAAGUCUGAUGGUAGAUAAGGUGGCAGAUUGUGUGGCUAACUAGGAGAAUUGGUAAUGUUAUUUUCAUUCUUUUCUGCAGUUCAGUUUGCAUGCCCUGUUCUUACAUGCGGCCAUUACUUUUGUUCGUGUCAUGUAUACAUGCACCAAUUUUUCACUCAUUUAAGCACAUAAUUUUGAAGCACGCUCAAAAUGGGACAAUUUCCCUCGAAGAGACUGUCCGACCUUUCGAGGAUGCCUUCCAGUUAUUAGGAGGACAAGAAGAUCUCACCGGGUUUAUUUAAUUAUCUACUUGCUUUUAGCUUAUUUAGCCUUUUGCUCCAAACUAAAUGUACUAUUUUAGGUCUAAUCUCCAAAUGUGCAUUCAAACUAUCUUUAUCAAAUAGAGAAUUGCAAAUACGGUGUAAACGUGGCUAUUGUUCCAGAAUGUUGCAAUAUGAAGGCACAUUCAGAGCUUUCUCCACGGCCCAUCUAUAUUUAUGCAUUAACGUAGCACGAAUUGAUUGCUGCGUGGCUGCAUUAACGUAACGAAAAUUGAUAGCCAUGUGAUUGCUUUAAUGUAACACACACAUCAGUAUCUAUGCAAGUGAAUUAAUAUUACAUACACCAGUGCGUUAAUGUAACACACAUUGGUAGCAAUGUGAAUGCAUUCAUGAGAAAAAAUAAAACUGUCAUGGCAAGUACAUUAGUAUAAUAGAUCAUGCACAUUUGGGUUACUGUGUAGUGGAUAUUCAUUUGGCUGUCAUUCUGAACACUAAGUGAUUUUAUGAUUUCGCCCAGACAUUACACACGCAGCUCUUUGUGACCAUUUAUUAAUCCUGACAUCAUGCUGCAUGACCCCCUAAUUUAUAGGGCCUCCUCCCGUCGGCUUUCAGAUCUGGACCAAGGAGUACUUAGAUUGGGAAAGCAUAAGAGCCUCUGGGCUGGAAGAUUGGGGUGGAGGAGAGGGGGGGGGGCAGAGGAGGGGGGUGCGGUCACAUAAUUUAUCAACGCAACAAAUCUCAAAGGAAGGAGGCUAGUGGGGACCUUUUAAACCUAAAUGCACAGUAACUACUGCAGUAAUAUUCUGGAAAUUAAACAUUUGGUUCCAGUGUUAUUACCUUUUUUAUUUUAUAGUUAGUACGUGCCUUUUUAUUUGAUCCCAUAAAACGGUUAAUUUAAUUGCUUAAUGGGGUGAAACGUGGCAGUGGAUCGUCCUAUGCUUGUUAAUGCAUAGACUCAUUUUACAACACUUUCUAUUUAAUUCUACACUGUUAGUUCUUUCUUUUUUUCAUAAUUUUUUCAUCAUCCUGGGGUACCCUGCUCACGGAAAAUAUUGCUGCCAAUCCCCAUCCAAAGGGUACUAUGGUAAUUUAUAGAGUAUUCAAUAAAUAUAGGCAUUGACACAAUUAAUACAUAUUUGCAGUAAAUUUAUUAGAAAUUGUAGACAUUUUUUAACCACCUCAGGACACUUUGUUGGGCAAAUCCUAUGAUAUAAAGACAGUAGUUACUCAUUGUCUGUCUUGAAAGGCUUAGGUACUACUAAUUCUUCAUUUGAGUUGGUAGUUUUGUGGGGAUUCGGAUAAAUAUGGACAUGAUACUGAAAUGAGCUGCCUGGUUAUUAUAUAAUAUUUAAAUAGAUUUUAUAUGCAGAUUAAAAAUAUUCUUACUACAUUAUUGGCUAAAUCUUCAAGAACUGACAAUAACCAAACCAAAGCGAAUUGUGUUGAUUUGACUUUAAGAGCAACAGUUUAUGAGAAACAGCAGGAUGUGGUUGUGGAAUGCAAUGGUGUAGCAAGAUGAGGAAACACUUUUGCGUUCAGAUGAAAUGGAAAACUUUGGUGUGAUAUAAUGGAACAAUGUGUGGAAUAAUUAGUGUAGAAAAGUAAGGUAAUAUUUUGAUGUGGGAAUAUAACACAAUUAAACAAUAGUUUGGUAAAGGGAAGUGACAAAAUGCUACAGUGUAAGCAAUGACCAAUACUGUGAUGUGGAAAUGUGACGGAAUAUUUUUAGUAUGGAAUAAAUUGGGGCAUGCCUCUCUAGUGUCCAUAUUUAGGAGGGACAGUAUCUUUGUCCACCUUUUCUAUCCUAAUGUUCAUCUUUCCUAGCAGUUCCAUAUUUUUUGUGUCUUGAGAACUCCGUAGCAAUAAUACUCACAGUAGUACACUGAUCAGCCACAACAUUAAAGGGACCCUAUAGUCACCAGAACAACUACAGCUCAAUGUAGUUGUUUUGGUGAGUAUAAUCAUUAUAUGCAGGUAUUUUCAUGCAAAUACUGCUUUUUCAGAGUGCUGCCUGGGUCCAAGGAAGAAAUGCUGCCCCCCCCCCCCACCCGCCUUGCACCAAAAGCACGCCAACAUCCAUUAUGUUAUGCAGUGUGUGUAGUGAAUGCAUUGUGUAUAUCAUAUUCAGUGUGUAGUGAAUGCAGUGUGUGUGUGUUCAGUGGAUGCAGUGUCUGUGUGUCGUGGAUGCAGUGUCUGUGUGUCGUGGAUGCUGCGUCCGUGUGUCGUGGAUGCUGUGUCUGUGUGUAGUGGAUGCUGCAUCUUUGUGUCGUUGAUGCUGCGUCUGUUAUUGUGUCAUGGAAGUAGUGUGUAUUGUAUGCAGUGUGUGCAUUGAAUAUAUUGUCUGUGUGUGUAUACUGGAGGCAGUGCAUGUAGUGGAUGUAGGGUGUGUUUGGUGGAUGCAGUGUGUUUAGUGGAUACAGUGUCUAUGUAAUGCAUGUAGUGUGUGUGUGAAGUUGAAUACAUGCUGGAGGGGGUGAGCAGUUUAAAUUAAAUUGGGAUUACCCCCCUUCCUGCCUCUUACCUGUGGGCUGGAAUGGCGAGACAGUGUGUAGGAAGGUGACAGUAUAGGGGGCAGUGUGUAGGAAGCGGACAGUGUGGGGGGCAGUGUGUAUAAAGGCUGUGGGGGCAGGGUGUGGUGGUGACAGUGUGGGAGUCAGGGUGUGAGAGUGACAUGGUGGGGGUGACAGUGUAGGGGGCAGGAUGUAAGGGUGACAGUGUGGGGGUCUGGGUGUGAGAGUGACAAUGGUGGGAGGCAGGAUGUGAUAGUGACAGUGGUGGGAGGCAGUGUGUGAGAGUGACAAUGGCAGUGGUGAGGGGCAGGGUGUGGGGGAGACAGUGUUGGGGCAGGAUGUGAGGGUGACCGCGGUGGGUAGCAGGAUGUGAGGAUGACAGCAUGGGGGCAGGAAGUGAGGGUGACAGUUUGGGGCAGACAGUGGUGGGUGGCAGGAUGUGAAGGUGACAGUAUAGGGCAGGGUGUAAGGGUGACAGUUUGGGGCAGAAUGUGAGUGUGCAGUAUGGGGGCAGGAUGUGAGGGUGACAGUGAGGGGGAGCAAGGUGACAGUGGGGGAGCAGGGUGUGAGGGUGACAGUGACAGGGUGACAGUGGGGGGCAUGGUAUGAGGGUGACAGUGACAAAGUGACAGUGGGGGGCAGUAGGGGUGACAGUGGUGAGAGGGUGACAAGCUGUGAGGUGGGGGUAGGCUAUGGGAAGGCUGUGACAGUAGGGGACAGAAUGUGAGGGUGACAGUGGUGAGGGGCAGAGUGUGAUGGUAACGAGGGGCAGGGUGUGAGGGUGACAGUGUGACAGUGGGGGGCAGGGUAUGAGGGUGACAGUGACAGUGUGACAGUGGGGGGGCAGGGUGUGAGGGUGACAAUGGGGGGCAGCGUUUGAGGGUUACAGUGGGGGGGGCAGGGUGUCAGGCUGACAGUGACAGGGUGACAGCGGGGAGGGGCAGGGUGUCAGGGUGAUAGUGGGGAGGCAGGUUAUGGGGGUGACAGUGGGGCUGACAGUGGUGAGGGGGGUGACAGGCUGUGAGGUGAGGGCAGGCUGUGGGAAGGCUGUGAUCAGCCUCCCCACAUUCACAUACCUUUUUUUUCAGUGCUCCCCAUUCCUUGGUGGUCGAGUGGCUGGCUCUACAGGUCUGCAGCUCUGCCGGGUUAUCGCGAGCUCUGAUUAGAGCUUUGCCAUGGUAACUCGCGGAAACGCUCUGGGAGCUUGCAAGCUUUCCAUCACAUGGUCUGCAGCUGUGCAGACCAUAUAUAUAUAUAAAUAUUGUUAGUACCCAGCGUGUCCCUUUAACUUUGCUCAUUAAUUACAUUAAUAAUUAUUGUACAUACAUUCUUGACAUCUCCUCACCAGCUAUGACAAGGUUUUAAAACAGCAUCCUUUAUUGCUGUAAUAUUUGUGUUCUGCCUUCGUGUGAUGUCAUCUUUAAUUUUAUAUUUUCUUUUUUCUUAAAACACCCACUAUUAGAAUGCAUCCUCAUUCACUUUAUCAUCCACAGAGUUUGCCAGUUUGGGAGAAGGAAAAUAAAAUCUACUGUAAGCAAUCUCUUGUGGAAGGAACCGGCCCCAGAACAUACUGGACCCGAGAACUGCUGGGAGAUGAGCUGAUCCUGGUGAGCAAUUCCACAGAUUAUUUCUAUGAACCCAUUUGAGGUAUCAUGACAAUUGCUUCCCUAUAACUGUGUUCAAUGCCGAAUAAAACAUUAAUAAGAACUGUGAUACGAAUAUCCUCUCUAUGACUUUUGAACUCUGCACAAACAAAAUAUCAGAUAAAUGUUACCUUUUUCAUAUUUUCUUCAGGGCACAAUAAUUAUACUUUUUAGUCAUGUGAAACAGUAGAAGGGCGCUGAUAGAUUGAUUUGUCGCCAUAAGCAGCAGAAAUAAAUGUAUGCUAAUUUUGGGUGAUUUUUAUGUAUUUUGUUUGGCUGUAGGACUUAGUCGAAGAUUCAAGAACUGACAGCAGAUAUAACUGUUUUCAUUUUGCUCAGGGAAGGAGCAGCAUAAUUAUUGGAUUCACCCAUCUCACUGUCUCUCUGCAGCUAACUGCUUUAAUGUGGGCAUAUAACAAUAGUUAGACACUCAAAGGUGCUGUCCAGCCAACAUUAGAACGACAUGCUGAUGUAGUGGUUAUAGUGUUAUAAGAUUGCAAGCACUGUCCCCUGGUUCUGGGUCAUACAAUUUUCAAACAGUUUGAUCAAAUGAUCAAAAUCAAGGCCCUCCAAAGCAUGGCUCCUGCUUGGUGGAACUGGUUGAAAAGAGACUUGCGUCCAUCAAGUUCAGCCUUCCUCACAUGUGUUUUUGCUGUUGAUCCAAAAGAAAGCAAAAAACCCAGUCUGAAGCGCUUCCAAUUUUGCAACAAACUAGAAAAAAGUUAGGUAUCUCCUUGGAUCAAGCAGUUUUUACCCCACUAAUUAGAAAUUAUAUCCCUGUAUGUUAUGUUAUAGUUUUGGAAAUAUUUAUCCAAUUGCUGUUUAAAUAUCUGUAUGGACUCUGAUAAAACCACCUCUUCAGGCAGAAAAUUCCACAUCCUUAUAGUUCUUACUAACCUUUUGUUUGCCUUAGAUUAAAUCUCCUUUCUUCCAGCCUAAAUGUGUGACCUCUUGUUAUAUAUAGAGCCCUGUUUAUGAAUAGAUUUCCAGAUAAAGGUUUGUACUGGCCUUAAAUAUAUCUGUAUAAUGUUAUCAUAUCCCCUCUCAGGCGCCGUUUUUGCAAACUAAAGAGAUUUAAAUGUUUUAACCUUUCUUCUUACUAAAAUGCUCCAUUCCUUUUAUCAAUGUUGUAGCUCAUCUCUGCACUUUUUCUAGUGCCAUGAUAUCCUUCUUUAGAACAGGUGCCCAAAAUUGCACAGCAUAUUCAAGGUAUGAUCUUACCAGCAAUUUAUAAAGAGGAAAAAUAAUAUUUUCAUCCUGAGAAUGUAUGCCCCGAUUUAUCCAUGACAAAACCUUACUGGCCCUGGCAAUUGUAGAUUGACAUUGCAUAUUGCUGCCUAAUUUGUUGUCUAUAGCAAUUCCAAAAUCCCUCUCGUGCGUUGUUCUCCUUAAUUCACUACCAUUUAGGGUGUAAGUUGUUUGUGCAUUCUUUCCCCCGAAGUGCAUAACUUUUCAUUUCUCUACGUUAAAUUUCAUCUGCCAUUUUAGUGCCCAGUCCCCCAAUUUAUCCAAAUCCCUUUGCAGCAAGUCAAUAUCCUGCUCACAUUUUAUUACUUUACAAAGUUUUGUGUCAUCUGCAAACACUGAUACAUGCCUUUCAAUGCCUAUUUCAAGAUCAUUUAUAAAUAUGUUAAAUAGAAGCGGUCCCAAAACAGAACCCUGAGGGACACCACUUAACACUUUUGUCCAGCUUGAAAAUGUACCAUUAAUGCCAACUCGUUGUACUCUAUCCUUAAGCCAAUGUUCUACCCAAGAACAAAAAUACUCAUCUAGACCAAUUUCUUUUAGUUUGAAGACUAACUUAUUGUGAGGAACCAUAUCAAAUGCCUUGGCAAAAUCCAAGUAGAUCACAUCCACUGCAACACCCUGAUCUAUACAUCUACUUACUUAUUCAAAUAUUAAGAAAAAAAACACAAGGUAUAACUAACUAUAACGUAACAAAUCCAUUGCAUGACAUGUUGAAGUGUGCCUUCAGAUUGGUUGAUAUACAAUUAAAUAUGUAGCUUGUAGUUUUUUUUUAACUCUUUACUCUAACAUUUUACUGUUUUAAAUGGACACCGGGUGUCAGAGUUACGACAAGCACCCUCACAAAUAUUUACGCUGUGAAAAUAAGAAAACUAAAUUAACAAGAAAAAACAAAACAAUAUUCAUACUAUAAUUAUCAUGAUGAAUACCAGCCAGUGCACUGAAAAGGUUUGCAAAUCAGAUGCUUAUGUGUUGAUCUAAGGAUUGUAUAUAGGGUUCCCAAGAAUGAAGGAAUUUCAAAACCUUACACUCUUUACCUUGAGAGCCUUCAACCCAAUCUAAUUUAAAUACAUGAACUAAUUUAGUCUGGUGGGCUUAUCAGCUGAAAUUCAGAUAUAAAAGAUUGUCUUACUGGCCACUGACAGGACCAUUUCAAUAAAUGUAUGAUAUCUCAAGGUAGUGCAACAAAAACAAACCAUAUGAGAACUCUGAGAAGGGACAAAACCUUAGAGAAACUUGACCUUCGAUAAAUCCCCGCUCAGGUCUCAAAAUAGUUUCUCCUCACUUGUGCCAUUACAGAGAGAACUGUAGCGUUACUUACCUUAACCGGGGGCCGGUCGCGGUCCUCUCUUCAAGCCACGCGCGGUCCUGCGGCUGCACGAGCCGCGCGCGGCUCAUCCGACUGCUUUAGAUGGAAGGCGGGCAGUGACCGCGUGAAGCGGUCACGUGUCCCGCCUGAAACUAAGAGCGCCGCGAGUCUCGGGCGCGCUCUUAAAGAGACAGUGGGAGCCUAAUUGCCAAAAGGCUCCCAUUGGCUUCUGUCAUACCACACUCCCUAUACAAUUACCUUUUGGGGGUGUGGAAGUGACAGGAGCCAAUCACUUUCGUUUAAAAGCUAUUUAAACUUACCUUUUUCCCUUAGCUCGUUGCCCUAUCUUGGUUUCUGUUUCAGUUCCCUUUAGCGCUUGUGGUGUUCAGUUGUGUUUUCUCGUAUUGACCUUGGCUUUGUAUUCUGACUCUCAUUUCCUUAGGGGUCGACUUCAGUACUUGGUACAUUGGAAGGGUUAUGGGCCUGAGGAGCGCAGUUGGAUUUCGGCUGAUGCUGUUCAUGCUCCCCGUCUUGUGCGCUCUUUCCAUUCUCGUUUUCCUGCCAGGCCUGGUCCUACCCGCCCGGAGGGCGUGUCCUCAGGGGGGGGUACUGUAGUGUUACUUACCUUAACUGGGGGCCGGUCGCGGUCCUCUCUUCAAGCCACGCGCGGUCCUGCGGCUGCACGAGCCGCGCGCGGCUCAUCCGACUGCUUUAGAUGGAAGGCGGGCAGUGACCGCGUGAAGCGGUCAUGUGUCCCGCCUGAAACUAAGAGCGCGCCGCGAGUCUCGGGCGCGCUCUUAAAGAGACAGUGGGAGCCUAAUUGCCAAAAGGCUCCCAUUGGCUCCUGUCAUACCACACUCCCUAUACAAUUACCUUUUGGGGGUGUGGAAGUGACAGGAGCCAAUCACUUUCGUUUAAAAGCUAUUUAAACUUACCUUUUUCCCUUAGCUCGUUGCCCUAUCGUGGUUUCUGUUUCAGUUCCCUUUAGCGCUUGUGGUGUUCAGUUGUGUUUUCUCGUAUUGACUUUGGCUUCGUAUUCUGACUUCGUUUUCGCUUUAUCCUUAUCUGUACUGUUUGCCGGCUUGCUGUUUUCCGUGUACCAGACCCCGGCUUGUCCUAGUUUACGCUGUCUCUCUGUGCCCUUGACCUCGGUUUGUUCCUGGCUCUGUCUCCUCUCAUAUACGUCGAGUCCGGCCAUUCUAAGGUCCGGUAGACGUAUCUCUCCUCUGUAUUGGCUUCUGUUUAGCUGGAUCCUGCGUGUAGGGGUAUAUUCUCGUUACAAGAACAUAUUCCAAAGCAUUUCAGACUGAUCCCUCCCGAAAGGGCAGUCCAGAAAAGAAAUGCCAGCAAGUUCUCUCUGCAAAAGAGAUACAGCAAACUCAGACGAUCGUUUCAGCCUUUUUGGGCUUCAUCAGUAAAGUGUAGCUGAUACCCUUCUAGGCACAGUGGGCACACCACAGAUGGGUUACCCUUUUAACUUGGGGAGAGACAGUUAUUGCAUUACAACAAAAAUAAAGAAUGUGAGAACUCUAGGAACGGACUAUCCUAGAGUCGUGCCAAGAAUACCAAAAAUGGACAACUCUAAGGACAGUGGAGCUGAGAAGUCUAACUGCACGAUAAGUUCAUAAUUUUCCCUAGAAUUCUUUCAUCUGAGAAUAAUCUCAAAAACAAUCAAACAAAUCACCCUCUUCCUCACUUUUUAGGAAUCUCAAGGAGUCUGUCGAGGUUAGUGGGUAAUGUAAGUCGUGUGCUAGGUAGACAUGCAAUAAUAUCCACUGUUGUAUCUCUUGGUACAGGGGGGUCAGAAAGAACUUAAGUAGUUUGUUUGUUACUGAGAGAGUGUCAUCAGGAAACAGGGAGGGGAGUGAGGUUAUUUGUACUUGUGGAUACUGUUGGUUGGUGUAGAUGAUCCAAUACUGUUCACACACUACUAUAGAGUAACUAAGACAGUGUAAAGGGGGACAUUUAAGAGGAACAAUACACACAACACUGCAUAUAUAUUCACACACUAUAUUAAAGGGACUUUAUAGGAACUCAGACCACUUCAUCUUAUUGAGGGGCACAGGGUAACCGGGAAUACCCAGUCUGGUCUGCCCAAACAGACUUCAACAGACUGAUCGGAUAUGAGGGCUUCAUGUGCUCAACCUGGACAAAAUUAGAAACUAUGUGGAACUUUGUUGAUUGGAGGUCUGGUACCUGGUUAGUCUACUUUUGAGGGGGGGAGAUAUGUGACAGUAGUCAUCAUCACUAGGGACAAAAGACAGGCACUUAUGUAGGUAUCCAGAUUGACCUUAUGUUUUAGUCACCUUGUGCCCAUUAUAGGUGCAGGGUGUGUAUAAUGGAUUUGUUUGUUAGUUAUUUAUUUCCCCGUUCUGUGGUCUCAUUAUUUUCCCUAGCAGGAUGUUGUCCCAUUUUUCCUGGGACAUGUCUUGACCAGUUUUAAUGUGGCUGCCAUGCAACCCUCCUAAAUCUCCCAUGUGGUCCUCUGCCCUUGUUAUUGUGUGUUCCAACCCUGACUUGUAAACACUGUACUGCAUUCACACUAAUGUAAUUAGACUUUGUAAUGUAAUUGGUUACAGCCCAUGUCAAUACUGUUAUUGGCUGACUUGGGCUCACUGUGUUGUUUGCGAGGGGGUUACAGUGGAGGACCUGGAGGGGAACUAUGUGUACCACCUUAACCCUAUUGUAGGUAAAUGAGGAAGUGGGUGUAUAAAUAGAUGUGUUGCUUUCAAUAAAACUAAGUGUGUUAGUUCCAUUUGGAACUGUGUGUCCUGUCUGGUUUGUUCAGGGAUCCCAGUAACAGAGUUUUCAGACCUGUUGGCCGGCUGCAUGGUCCCUGCAGGGACAAUUCAAAAAGAGCUAGGUAUGAGAGCUGCGAGUGCCCUUACAAAGGCUAAUUACAGUGGAGGCAGAGGUGUGGAUACCUGCCUGGCAACAAAACUGAAGAGCAAUAGGCAGAGGGAAUGAUACAUGCCUCAAAGCAGAGAGCUGCAAAUCAAGCAUUGACGACUGGGUCUGAAGUGCUCCAGGGUCCCUGAUACUGGCGAGUAAGCAGACUUAGCGGAGGUGGCUUGUACAUGCUGUUACUGGACAGUCUCACUACUAAGGCUGUCUAGAAACAGCCUCUAGAGACUAUCAAAGCCAUAGGAAUGCUGUAACAGCCACACAGUUGUCCUAUGGCAUGAUUGACAGCUGAUCCCUGGCUACUGCAAUGCAUGUUGGGAUCAGCUGUCAAUUAGCUACUAACUAGAGUAGACUAUGUCACAAUGAGGCAAUCCAACAGCAGUACCUGACAGGCUGACCAAUUGCCCUGGGAGCCAAUCACAGGAAUGUCAGUUGAUGCACAUGGCUCCCAGGAAGAUCAAUCAACCUGGCGUGACUCUUCUAAACUGCAAAGUUAAGGAUAGCAUUAGGAUUAGGGUUACUGGAGGGUUAGGAAAAGCAUCAAAGAGCAACGCUGGCUUGCAUAUAUGGAAAGCAAGUAAAGAGGCAUUAGGGCACAUCUUUAAUGCAACCUUACACAUUGCCCCCCGACAAAGAUAUACAUGUACGGAAUUGCUAUACUUAUAUAAAUAUAAAUCAGGGCUGCAUACAGUACAAUAUAUAUAUAUAUAUAGGAAUUCAAAGUCGAAGUCCUCUGCUGCUAGCUAGGCCGUAAAAAUGUCUGGCCAAUGCAAGCCAUAGGACGGUAAAGAAAGAGGCUCAUUUUAGGGAGGUGGUCGACUUUCUCAAGUUCUUGGUUGCUCUUCUGGGUCCCAUGAGUACAUUUAAAAACUCUUCUGUUCUUUUCCCCAAACAUCUUACCCACUGGGACUAAAAUAUUUGGCAACAUAAGCCUUCACAAUAAUGCCAUUCAGCAGGAAUGACCAUUAAGAGGUGAUGGCAGCCAUGGGUAGUGUUCUCUUCAGCAAGAUACAUUUGCCAACAGGUUUCCUUCCCCUCUAGCCCCUCUCCCGCAUUGUUGUAUCGAUGUAGCUUAUAAAGGGAUCAGUUCAGGACAUUGUAUAAUAUUUAUGUGGACUUGCGUAUCACUAAAGCUAAUGCAACAGAACACAUUGCUGUAUUACGCCUUAAUGAAUGCUUAUGGCAGAUAGAUCAUUAAAUCACAUGUAUGCAGCUGAACCUCAAGAUAUUCCAUUUUCUCAUUAGUAUUUAUUGGAUAAAUGGCCAGACAGUCAGGUCAACAAGAACAUUGCAUUAACACAAGGAAGGCUUUGUUUAAUGACCACCAAACACUCAUUAACAUUAUUUACAUACAAAGAGGUCAUUGUAAUGUGCUCAUUAAAACUGUGGUAAAAAAAAAAAGGUUUUCUUUUCAAAAAUUGCCUUUAUCCUUUUUUUACCCCGAUCACACUAAUCACUGUUAGUUCUCUCAUCUGUCCCCAAAGCCACUCCUCUCCAACACAUUUCUUAGGCCAAGCACCAAUUAUAUUGUAAACCAGGACACUCGAUAAUUGCAAUGAUGGUUAAAAUGGACUCUUUUGUUAUUAUCAUAUUAUUAUAAUUAUUAUUUCCUACUUAACUGGGGCUUUUUAUUUUGAGGAUUAUAUUUUUCAUAAAAUCAUGUAUCAUGUUCAUGGUAGCAAUGCAACAAAUAAUUCAGCUUUGUUUACGGUGGCCAUAAAAAUAAAUUAUUAGACAUAUUACAAGCUAAAAUGCAAUUUGUCGAGGCUGUGAAGCAAGCCAAGUAGAACUAAUGUAUAAUAUGUUUGCAGUAAGUUAUAGAGGUAUUAACCUGUUUUAUUGAUGGGGUUAUUCACUGGUUACAUGUCUUUUUCCCAUAGGCUAGAGUACUUGCCAUGAUUGUUAAACCUCAGGUUUGUUCACAGAGUAGUAUUUGAAAGUGUACUUUAUAUAACAAACUCACACAUAUUGAUACAGAGUAGAAUGUAUAUUAAAUCUGCAUGGGGUGAUUAAUAAAACAAUAGAACAAGUUCCCUCCCAUUAGUUCAGUUCCAAGUUAAUAAGGUUUCCACAUUGCUGUACCCUCUCCAGACAGGGAAAACCAGGGAAUUCAAACCCCAAAAGUCUUCCCUUCCAAAAUGUAACUCAAAAACAUUGUAUAUCCCCAGAUAGCUUUGAACGUCAACCUCAGACGUACUUAAUUCAAAAAACGCUUGGAGGUUCCUAGCCCAGGGUACAACACUCAGUUUGACCAGGUCAUGGUCAUCUGAUCCAGAUCAGAGAUGCAGGCAUGUGGUUGGUUAGUUCCAUUCAAGGAAACAUGGUUCCUGGGGUCAUGAGGAGGGGAGUGCUUUCAAGUCCUAGGCAUCCCUGGAUGCCUCAUCACCUCCCGGAUAUCCCCUGCAAGUAGCGCCGUCAUUGGUGGUUGUGGGACUGAGCAAAGCCCGAUCAAAGAUUCACCAGAUCAUGGCACAGUUCUGAUCCGGUGAACAGUUCCAUAGCGAUCCCUUGAUAGCCCUGAUCUGGGGGACCAACAUAUCCAAAAAUCACCCAGGUCAGUUUAGGGAUUCAGGAUUUCCAUGGAGGUCAUAAAUUGACCGACCGCACACAAGAUCCUAUGCCCAAAACAGUUCCACAGUUUCAGAGGUAGCAGUCGGUCCAUUUUGGGAAGUCUAAAAGCCAAACUAAUUCACAAACUGUUCCCCCGGCUCAUAGGUAGCGUUUGCUCCCCUAAUUCGUGUGAACAAAACUACCGAAUAGUUCUCACCUGAUUGGUCAGUAAAAAGAAGCAGGCGUUCAUUAAAUUGACCGGCAUUUGGGAAGUUGAGUGUCCGAUUUAAGUUCCUGACACUCCAUGACCAAAUCUCGCUGCUUCUUUUCAUGCGAACAAGAUGGUCGACGUUUUCUCCAACACGAACGGCGGCCACACAGGAAAAGCACUUAAUCUGCAUUUUUUCUUUGUAGUUAAAAAGCCAAGGCGGUGGUCGGUGUUCGGUAGUUUUAUCUAGCCAGUGAGAAAAAGAAAAGUUAACAAACUAAGUGUGUGGUUUCUUCACAGGAUUUUGCUUCAGGUUUAGGCUUUGAGUCCUUAAACAUGGAAUUAAAGAAAGAGUUUGUUUAGAUUUUUGGAGGAGUUAAAUUUAGUGUUAAGGAAAAAUGCAUGCUUAUGGUGCAGGUUUGUGGAGUUUGAAGGGUUAUUUGCAAAGUACUCACCCUCCUACCAUAGAUAGUAGAACACAGGAACGGUUCCUAAACAUUUCCUGUGUGAGAGGCUGUUAGUGGGCAGAUGGGAAGUGAUCCCUUUCACUUCCUGUCCAGCCUCACACACAAACACUGGAGGUGCUGGGACAUCACUGAGUUUAACACUAACUAUAACUGAUUCUACAGCUCUACUAGUAAGGCUGACUGGACUACAGAAGACACUGGUACACUGGCCAAGGCUCUUGGUACUUAUCAUCCCUCACCAGCUCACCUAAAUGCCAAGAAGGCACAUGAUAAGUGAUGUAAAAGGACCUAAAGGACAGGUGCCUAAUUGAAAAUACAAAACAGGAUAUACAAAAAGUAUAUAGUUGUGUAGGCGCUUCCAACCUUAAGUAUAGACAAUAUAAGUGAGUGUGAAAGAAGGUGUAAUCCCUUAACACCUAAAGACAAAGUAGAAAGAUUAAAUAGAUAGAUUCACACACACUCAGAAAAAAAUAUAUAUACAAAAUAUAUGAAAAAUAGGUAUACCACCUAUUGUAGAUGUAAAUAUGGUGAUUACAUCUGAAAGACAAAUGGAACAUACAUAGUGCUUUCCAUAUAAGUUAAAAUAAACAAACUAUAAUAUUUGAGGAUUAAACUCACAAAGGUGGAGCCUCAUAGGCUCUAUGUGCAUCACCCUUGGGUGCCUAUUCAGGCUCUCGAUAAAUUCCUGUUUGAAGAACUCGAGGUCCACAGUAGUAGAUGUAGAUACAAAUUUAUUAAAUAAUAAUGAUAAAAUAAUAAAAGAAAAUAUAGAUAUCUAGGGACAAGGCAGGUAUAAUAAUAGAAUAUAAUACAGUAUUGCACCGCAAUUAUGGCCAAAGAGUAAAAGCAGUGGAACACUACAAUACAUAAACAAUAAAAUAAUACCGCCAGAGAAAGUCCCAAUAGAGAAGUCCAGUAAAGUGCAAACGCGUUUCAGCCCUUGAUAGGGCCUUCCUCAGUGCUAAAUUCCUGGAGAAAACUUCAGGGCUUAAAUAGCCCCCUUGAUAUGUUCAACUGGGUCCAGCUGUGGUUUCAAAAUACCGCCGAUCAUGUCACUUCCGAUUUUGGCAAAACGCAUGUGACUUCCGGUUUAGAUGCGGUCACAUGAUAUUUUUGCGUUCCACCAUGCGUUCCACACUCGAGCAUUGUGGAAAUAAUCCCAAAAAUGUCCAUAUUGGAAAAGGGCAUAUGCCCAAACAAACUUAAUCCAACAUAGUAUAAAAAUAAAGAAAAUAACAAAUAGUGAAUUAGUAAAUAGGUACAAAAAUAUUCUCAAAACACAGGGCAUAAUAGAUAAUAUAUUAAAGAGGGAAAAAAAUUUCCAAAAAGGAAAAUCCAAUAAAAACUAUAAAAAAUAAAUAUAUAUAAAUAACAUAUAUUGUUAAAUAUAUAAAUAUAAAAAUAUUAUAAAAUUUAUAAAAAAUGGACUAAUUCGAAAUCUAUAUUAAGACCUUUAGGGCACAUAGUGUCCAAGGUAAAAAUCCAUUUACCCUCUAAUUUACUUAACUCUCGGACAUUAUCCUCUCCUCUCCAAUUUAUCAGUUUUUUCCCAAUCACCAUAAAACUUAAAAGAGAAGCGUCACCAUUAUGAUGUUCUAAAAAAUGUGCUGAUACACUGUGUUUGGUGUAUCUCCUCCGUAUGUUUCCCAUGUGCUCCAUAAUGCGGGUUUUCAGACUUCUAGUAGUCAUACCCACAUACUGGAGCCCACAGGGACACCAGAGGAGAUACACCACAUUAGUAGAAUGACAUGUAACGAUAUCACGUAUCUUAAAGCAGGUUCCUGUGACAUUAGAUUUAAACGUAAUUUGUGUAUCUUUCUUAAAGGUAGUGUUUUUACACAGCAAACACAUUUUACACGGAUAAAAACCUGCUUUUUGAUUAAAAACGUUCUUGUCUCCCUGUUUACAAUUUAUAAAACUUUUAACUAAAUGAUCUUUAAUAUUUUUAGCACCUUUAAAGAUAACCUUCGGCUUAUCACUUAUAAUAUCCUUAAGGUCCUCAUCUGUUUUCAGAACAUGCCAAUGUUUAUUGAUUAUAUGUUUGAUUUGUUUGGAAUUAACAUUAUAAUCCAGAAUCAGAGGUACACAUUCUUUCUCCCCUAUUCCUGUAUCUUUCUUUGGUUUAUAUUUGAGUACCUCAGUUCUCUUCAUUUUUUUAACCUGAUAAACCUGUUCUUCUAAAACUAUAGGGUCAUAAUGUUUUUCUUUAAAAAAGGAAGUUAGUGUAUCAGCUUGGAUAUCAAAUUGAUGAGGAUCAGUACAAUUCCUCAACAUUCGUAUGUACUGUCCUUUUGGCAUGUUAUUAAUCCAAGGAGCAUGGUGACAACUGGUUGUGUCAAUAUAACUAUUGACAUCAACCGGUUUUAAAAACGUUUUCGUUUUAAUACAAGAAUCCUCUAUAUAAAUAACUAAAUCUAAAAAAUUAACAUGGGAAAUACUAUAUUCACUAGAGAGGGUAAUAUUCCUAGAAUUGUCAUUUAAAAAUUGAAGAAAUGAAGUAAGGUGCUGUUCUCCCCCCUUCCAAAUAAAAAAAAUAUCAUCUAUAUACCUGCGAUAGAGGACCAAGUCCGCACUCCAGGAUACAUCCCCUGAGAGGAAAGAUUCCUCCCAGAAGGACAUAAACAAAUUAGCGUAGCCUGGUGCGAACUUGGUCCCCAUCGCAGUCCCAAUCAGUUGUAAAAAAUAAGAACCUUCAAACCAAAAAAAAUUAUUCUGUAAAAUAAGUUGAAUACCCUCUACAAUGAAAUAUCUUUGAAUUUCUGGAACUAAACUGUCUGAUAAAAAAUAUCUAACAGAAUCACACCCUAAAUCGUGCUGAAUAAUAGUGUACAAACUAUUGACAUCGCAGGUUACCAAUAUGUAACCUUCUUCCCAUGUUAUAUUUUGUAAUUCUCUAAUGAGAUGGGAUGAGUCCUUAAGAUAAGUAGGUCGUGAAGUGACUACUGGUUGCAGCAGUCUAUCUAUAUAUUCAGACAGCCGACUCAAUAGUGAAUUGACCCCAGCCACUAUCGGUCUACCUGGUGGAUUUGUAUUAUUUUUAUGAAUUUUGGGGAGGGUUUUGAACACGGGGAUUUUUGAAACUUUCACAUUUAAAUAAUCAUAUUCAUCCUUAUUUAAAAUCUUAAGUGUCCGUCCUUUUUCUAUUAAUUUCAAAUAUUUAUUCUUAAUAGACUCCAUAGGAUUCCCUGACAACUUUGAAUAGGUGUUCGAAUCCCCCAAUUGUCUAUAAAUCUCCUUUAUGUAAUCAUCCCUAUUUUGAAUCACCACAGCCCCCCCUUUAUCAGCGGGUUUUAUAAUAAUCUGUUCCUCUUUACUUAGUUCUAAAAGGGCUCUUCUUUCUGUUGGUUUAAGGUUAUUUUCACAUCUUUUAUUUUUAGGAAUUUUCUUAAUAUCUUCUACAACUAGUCUUUCGAAAACUUGCAUAGCCCCACUAGAGUGAUAUUUGGGGAAAAAUUUAGACUUAUUCUUUAAUUUAGUGUGUACCAUAUCAUCAUUCACAUCAUGGUUUUCUUUACAAUGCAAAAAAAUUUUUUGAUGAUGUUUUAAAAAAAACUUUUUUAAACAUAAUUUACGAUUAAACUUCUGUAAAUCAAUAAAAGAAUUAAAAGCAUCAUUAAAACACGUAGGGGCAAAUUUUAAUCCCUUACUUAACACUCUCAGUUGAUCUUCAGUAAGGGUUUUAUUUGAUAAGUUAACUACACCUAAGUGUUGGUCUUUCCUCUCUUCCUUUCUUUUAAUGGGUCUUCCACUUCUAAUUCCCCUUCUUCUUGAACCCAAUUUCUCUUUCUCAUUAGUCGCUCGGUUCUUUGUGGGGGAUGUGACCCUAAAAAAGGAACAGUGGAUGAAGGGAAAGAUGAAGGAUUCUCUUGAAGUUUAUCUCCUGUGGAAUCCUCUGACAAAAUUCUAUACCUAUUAGUCUGAGAAAACCUGGGUGGUAGUUGAGCGAAAUUGGUUCUAGAACCAUUUCUAUUUCUACUCUCCUGCCAACCCGGUGAAAAAGCAGAAUUAGCUCUAGAACCAUUUCUAAUUCUGCUCCUCUGCCAACCUGGCGAAGAAACCGGAGCAGACAACUUCUUAUUCUGAUAUUGAUAAGGAGGAUGAAUAGGUUCUCUCAAUUUUCUAGACAUAGUUGAUGCACCAUUACGAGUUUUCCCUUUAGGCAUACCUGAGAACCUACGAUCCAAAUUAUUAGAAAAUUGAUUAAACUUAUUACGGUGAGAAUAAUCCUGAUGAUGAGAAUGAUGAUUCCGGGAAAAGGAUCUAACUUGAUUUAAAGCGUAAUCAUUCUGGUCCCUUUGGAGCUUCCUCUUUUUAAUAAUUAAUGUGUUUUCCUCCACUUUUUCCACAUUAUUUUUCACCAUUCUUAAUGCAUUAUCAAUUUCUGUGCAAUUAACUACCGGUUUAAGUUGUUCUUUAAUAUUAUUAAUCUGGAUAUCCAACUGCAUUAAAUUGCGCUUUUUUUGCUGUACAAUAAUGGAUAUCAUCCUAGCUGAAAAGGACUCCAAAGCGGAGUUCCAAAUCUCCAUAAAAUCCUCAUCUUCCCUAUCAAACGUUGGCGUUUUAAAAAAGCGUAGACCUCUUGGGCUAAUUUUUUGCUCCAAGUAACGUUCUAGGGUGAAGAUAUCCCAUUUAGUUUUAGUCUCUAUAAUUAACAAUUUUUCAAGCUUUUUACAGGCAAAAUCUAAAUUUUCUUCAGAUUGAAUGAUAGGGCCUUGUGUAUUAUCAAAUUUGAUGGCAACCAUAUUUUGCCAAUUUUCCCUAGCUUCAAAUACCUCCAUUAUAAAUAGAUCUCAAUAGGUGGAUCAAAAAUUAAUUUAAAUAUGAGCAGCCCACAACUUUAAGGGAUAAUAAGAUAACAAAACAGGAUAUACAAAAAGUAUAUAGUUGUGUAGGCGCUUCCAACCUUAAGUAUAGACAAUAUAAGUGAGUGUGAAAGAAGGUAUAAUCCCCGUAUUUUGAAACCACAGCUGGACCCAGUUGAACAUAUCAAGGGGGCUAUUUAAGCCCUGAAGUUUUCUCCAGGAAUUUAGCACUGAGGAAGGCCCUAUCAAGGGCUGAAACGCGUUUGCACUUUACUGGACUUCUCUAUUGGGACUUUCUCUGGCGGUAUUAUUUUAUUGUUUAUGUAUUGUAGUGUUCUACUGCUUUUACUCUUUGGCCAUAAUUGCGGUGCAAUACUGUAUUAUAUUCUAUUAUUAUACCUGCCUUGUCCCUAGAUAUCUAUAUUUUCUUUUAUUAUUUUAUCAUUAUUAUUUAAUAAACUUGUAUCUACAUCUACUACUGUGGACCUCGAGUUCUUCAAACAGGAAUUUAUCGAGAGCCUGAAUAGGCACCCAAGGGUGAUGCACAUAGAGCCUAUGAGGCUCCACCUUUGUGAGUUUAAUCCUCAAAUAUUAUAGUUUAUUUUAACUUAUAUGGAAAGCACUAUGUAUGUUCCAUUUGUCUUUCAGAUGUAAUCACCAUAUUUACAUCUACAAUAGGUGGUAUACCUAUUUUUCAUAUAUUUUGUAUAUAUUUUUUUUUCUGAGUGUGUGUGAAUCUAUCUAUUUAAUCUUUCUAAUUGAAAAUACAGCCCUGUUUACCUGUUGUCCUUCAGCUCACAUGAAUCUUUUAAGUAACUCAUUCAAUAAGUUAUUGUACAGAUGAAAUCAAAUCUAAGUCCCUCAAGAGUUCAUAGUUUAGGCAAUGGAAAACAAAACUACUAUUUUCCUAACAAAAACCACUAUGUCAGAUCCAGGGUACAUUUUUUUAAUUUUUUAACACUAUAGUUAAUUGCUUUUUUUAAUGAAAUUAAGUUGUUAAGGAUAAUCAGAGUAACACUUGUAUAUAAGUUUUUUUGAUGUUUACAUUUAGUUUUACUCAUUUUUAUAAUUUUUUUUUUAUUUUAGACCUUUGGAGCUGAUGACGUGGUCUGUACAAGAAUAUACAUGAGGGCGUGAUGCAGAGGCUCUCCUGGACUAGUUACCAUGUCUGACAGCUACGUUGGGAUCAUCUUCCUGUCAUGCCAACCCUCCUGCUGUAUAUUUUAGGAUAAAUGAGAGCGCUUUCAUUUGCUAGAAAAAUUAGACAGUGUUCUUAGAAAAUGCAGUCUUUGUUAAAGAACAAGUGAUUUAACCCAUUUUAUAACAAAUGUGAAAGUCAAUAAUAGUGUGUGCAUUUUGUUCCCUUUCAAAUGCAUCUGGUGUACUAUAUAAUGAGGCUAAAUAUUUCAGUACGCACUAUCAAGCACCUUUAAAACUAGAAUCCAGCGAGUAGAUUUUCUACUGAUUAGUUCUUCAUUGUUCUAGUUAGAUUUUCCAAAUUGAUUGAAACAUUGUAUUUAAUUUCCAUCAAGUGUCUGUACCUUAAACGGCAAAAGUUAUCUAACAAUAGCAGAGUUUUUACUAAACUGCAAAAAAAAAAUACCUUCUCAGGAUAUCUUUUACCUCUUGCUUUAUCUAUCAGCUUUGGACAUUUUUUGUUCAAUACAAAGUAUGCCCAUUGCACACCUUUAAAUGUUUCCUUCAUAUUAGCAAAUUUCACGAUUUUCUUUGAAUAAUGAAGUAAUUCUGAAAACUUUAAAAGGGUGUCAGAAUGAACAUACAGGAAACAAACGUGUUUAAAGAUUCUGUUCUUAUUUGUGUCUAAAUUAUAAAUAAUUUAAAGGCCCAAGUCUGUGAAACAAGUUUAAUCCUGAGAAAUCAUGAGAUUUUUUUUGUUUGUUUUUUGUGGAGAGGCGGGAAUUCAGGGUAGAAACUGAAAUCCUGUUUUAGGCUCUCCUCAUAUAACGAAAAAAAAUAUAUGUUGUUUCUCGUGGGAUUAAGAAAUCCUAAAAUUAAUUAAAGUUAAAGGAACACUAUAGUGUUAGGAAUGUAAAUGUGUAUUAAUAAUGUUAUAGUCUCCUACAAACUUCUUAGGCGUCCCCCACGUGCCUUAAGUAAAAAAGUAAUUACUUAACUUUUAGCCCUUGCCUCGCUGCUCUCCUCGCUGAUGCUCCUACAUCUGCUGAGGUCAUCAAUCUAGGUGGUCUCAUCCAAUCCAAUGAUUCUCCCUGUAGAAAAGCAUUGGGAGGCUAGUGAGCAUGCACUGUGCUAAUGAAAUGCUACCCUAGGAGCAGCACUAACUUGGUUCCAAAAUGUGGACGCGCCUUUUGUGACUUCAGGAAGACAGCCGCUACAUAUGUGUUAAGCCUGCAAUGGAACCAUUUGGGGUUUUAGAAAGCUGCAACCUUUUACAUUGCAGGGUUAAAACUAAAGGUCUAAUGCACCUUGACCACAUCAUUGAGAUGAAGUGGUCUGGGUGCCUUGAAAGAACACUAUAGGGUCAGGAACACAAACAGGUAUUCCUGACCCUAAAGUGUUUAACUCACCAUCCAGGUUGCUUGACCCCCUUAGAAAAGGUUAAAACUCAUCUUAUUUCCAGUGCCGCGUGGGUCUGCAGACGCUGGCCUCGCCCCCGAUCUGCCUCCUUGGUGACAUCAUCAGAUUUGCAGAUUUUUUGCCAAUUCAAUGAUUUCCUACAGGGAAUGCAUUGGAUUCUCUGAAAUCGACAAGGGGGCAGGGCCAAAUGCUGUUUUAGCCAGUCAGCACCUCCUCAUAGAGAUGCAUUGAAUCAAUGCAUCUCCAUGAGGAAAAUUCAGCAUCCCCAUGCAGAGUGUGGAGACGCUGAACGGUAGUUUUGCCUACUAUCCAAAACUCCUCCAGGAAGCAUCUCCAGUGUCCAUCUAAGGAGUGGUCGCUUGGAGGUGUCCCAAGGGGGCAAUGUAAACACUUCCUUUUCUAUGAAAAGGCAGUGUUUGCAUUAGAAUGCCUGAAGGCAAUGAUUAUACCCACCAGAACAACUACAUUAAGCUGUAGUUGUUCUGUGACUAUAUAGUGUCCCUUUAAGUGGUCCUCCAGUAAAAAAAAAAAAAAAAUAACAGUAAAGUUUUUAUAGGUAAGGUCUGGAUGAGACUAAGGUGGACCUGUUUAGGUCCUACACUUACCAUAGGUCAGGGGUAGGCAACCUUCGGCACUCCAGAUGUUGUGGACUACAUCCCCCUUAAUGCUCCUACACCCAUAAUGCUAGCAUAGCAUCAUGGGAGGUGUAGUCCAAAACAUCUUGAGUGCCGAAGGUUUCCUAUGCCUGCUAUAGGUAAUCCAGCCUUGCAUUUACUUCUAAAACAGCAGGCAAUUCAAUUCACAUAAUAAAAAAGGUCACUAUUCCGAGAUCAUAUAUCCUCCAGGAGACUGAUCUUCUGAAAUAAUUAUGAGAAGACCAACUAAGGAAUCUUUUGAAAGAUACACUUUUUUUAAAUUUGUUUAUGUAAUGUGUCUUAUUUAUAGUAUAAGAUGUGGCACACAGCAGACUCUGAAUAUAUUCCAGUAUUGAAUAGCUUUAAUUUGUAGAUUUUUGUAUAAAUAUUUUGAGUUUUAAUCCAUGAUCCAAGGCUGCAUUUAGCAAGCACACGGUCUACCUUUAAACAUCUUAAUCCCAGAAGGACCCUGAGAACACAGCACUCCUUUCAACACCCAUUCCUUAAGCAACGUUAUUUGUAUCGUGUAUCAUGCCUUUGACUGGUGACUUCUUCCAUGACAUCUCUUGUUAAUUUGUGGCUAAAUAAAGUUAUUUCAAUAAAA